AUGAGCAGCGCUAUCCUUCUCGGCGCGGGUGCACUCCACGCGCACGCGUCUAUCAACCGUAAUCUUUCGGACGAGAACCUCUGCGAGAUCUUUCUCGCGCUUGCCUUCCUCGACGUACCGUCGCGGGCGAGACCGCAAGGCUGGUUCCUCACGGUUAACGGCGUGUGCCGUCGUUGGCGCUAUGUCGCCGUGCACUACGCCGAGCUUUGGGCUAUCAGUGCGGGGUCCUUUCAAUCUGACGAUAUGACCGACCUUGCGAUCGAACGCGCCCAAGGCUCUCUCCUGCGUUUUGACGGACAUUUCAAAGAUCCUGUAGAUCCCGGGUACGCGCUCACUCCCUAUCAGCUCUCGCUGCUGGAGACACAUCAAGACCGUGCUCGUUCCUUCGUGCAUGAUGAGUUCAUGGAGUGGUCGGACAUGCUGUACGACUUGAGAAUCUUUCGGAAGCUCGAAAUGGCUCGGAUUUGGGAUGAAUCGGGUCCGGAUGCGUGGCCCAUAGACGAGCUUAUCGAAGCGCCGGCUCUACUCGGCCUGUACAUGAACAAUGUGCUAGUCCCGUUCAACGCGCCUUCUCUUCGCUAUCUCCGCGUCGACAUGGACAAUCCAGAUUGGAGAUCUAGCCGAGACUUGUUGGGGACAUACGAGACGAUGACCGAGGGCUGCGAGGCGACCGAGCGAGUACUCCCGACUGUCGAGUUCAUCGUGCUCUUGAACCGUUUGCCUCGCUUAGAACGCCUCUGCGUCAAUGAUAUGCCCCCACUACUCGCCGAGAACUUGGCACCCGUCUCGGAGUUGCACGCCAAACUACCCAGGUUACGCGUAUUGCACAUGAGUGGAAAGUCCCUGGCUAUGGGCGACUUUCUCCGAAGGCUGGUGCUCCCGCAGGACGCUCAGAUAUACAUCGAGACAGACGUGAUGGAUGGCACCGAUGCAUGUGAACCGGUGUUGCUGAAUGUAGUGGGCGACGCAAUCCGCUCCCAUAUCUACGAUAGCCUCAGGAUCAGCCGGACACUGUCUUAUGAACUUCUUCUGCAAACAUGGUCGUCAGGAACAAACAGUGCACCGGGCACCCUGGACGUGACGAAGCCCCUUGAGCACGCUUCACCUUCAUCGGGUCCGUCAUUCUCGUUCAGAAUACCCGGCAUCGGACGGGACACCCUCAAACGGGAUGAAAACAACGAGCCUAUACUGCCUCAGAAUGUUUGGGAAUGGAAUGGGGAUCACAAUGCCGCUUUCUAUGAAAAGGACGUUGCGCGCCCGUUUUAUCGUCGCCUGAGGGUGCUAUUACCAACAUACUUCAGCCCAUUUGGGCCCUUCCUGGCUCUCAGACAUCUCGACUACACUGAUGUGCCAUGGGAUGGAGCGACCUUCUUGUACUCAUCUGGCGGCGAGAUGGGCGUCGAACCGAGCCAUAAUAUCAUACAGAAAUGCUCGAGCACGUGCACACAUCUGGUUGCGAACUGGGCUCUUCUCAGCCGUCUACCAUUCGAUAUCUUGAAAGAAUACCAUCUUGCACAACACGUAGAAGAGGUGACGAUCGUGAACUUUCCGUGUGCCGGGUUUCCCAGUCAGAAGCGGUACAACGAAGAGAUCAACGCGAAAGCCUGGAACCAUCUAUACUCGUGCCUCUCAUACCGUGCUGAGGCUGGAUGGCCACCUCUCGCACUCAGAUUGGCCGAGUCAGAUUCUGAAAUGUCCAACAUGGCACGCUCUGACGAGCCGGAGUACAUUCAUACGAUUACUGGGCCGUACGAGGAUGCCGUGAGAGCUGUGACGCAGAAGGGAUACGAAAAGGUAGCGCCCUAUGUGAAUAGUUUCCAAGACUUGCGCAUUCAUACACGGUUCUGA